UGUCAAUCUGAUCUGGCAACAAGAGGCUCACUUUCAGACAGCUGUAACCCACAGACCGUUCCAGCUGUAAACAUGGGGCUGCAGGCUCAAACUCUUGUUUCUGCAAAGUGGCUUGCAAACAUGGUCAACCGAAACCUCGUGGGACCUGGUCUGCGGAUCCUAGACACGUCCUGGUACCUGCCCAUGAUGAACCGAGACGCCAAGAAGGAGUUUGCAGAAACUCACAUCCCAGGAGCUUCUUUUUUCGACAUUGACGAGUGCUCGGACAGAACCUCAAAGUUCGACCAUACGCUCCCAAAUGAGCAGUUUUUCGCAGACUAUGUAGGGAAUUUGGGCAUUGGAAAUGACAGCCAUGUGGUUGUUUACGACGCCAGUGACUUCGGAGCGUUUUCCUGCACCAGGGUUUGGUGGAUGUUCCGCUUGUUUGGCCACCCUCAAGUGUCGGUGCUCAACGGGGGGUUUAGGGACUGGGUCAAGCGAGGACAUCCGACAACAGGCACGUAUAGCCGGCCUGAAGCAGCGCGCUUCACCGCCACCAUGGAGCGCUCCUGGGUGAAGUCAUUCGAGGACAUGACAAAGAACAUUAACACACAACAGUUCCAGGUGGUGGACGUGAGGCCCCGGGAGAGGUUCCUUGGAUGGGAGCCAGAACCAAGAGAGGGUGUCAAAUCAGGUCACAUCCCCGGCUCUAAAUGCAUGCCUUUCUUUGAGUUCCUGGAUAAAGACGGCAUGAUGCUCUCCCCGGGGAAGCUGAAGGAGUUCUUUGAGCAGUCUCAGAUCGAUCUGCACAAACCUCUCUGUGGCUCCUGUGGCUCCGGGGUGACGGCCUGUCACAUGGUGCUGGCUGCUCACCUGUGCGGGGCCCCGUGGGCCACUGUGUACGGCGGGUCCUGGUAUGAGUGGUUCACCAAAGCUCCACCUGAGCAUGUAGCCACCGAGGUCAAACCAGAGAUUUAAUUUACCAAUC